UGCACGAGGAGGAAAGAAAUUCCCAGACGGAGAGGGAGAAAUCCCGGUGGAUAAAAAUCAAGGAGAGCGCAGACGUACACAAGAUUCGCUGUCCUUUGUUCUCUAAUGGUUGCUGAAGCUCCUGCUCCACUACCUUUGAAAAGAAGAAGGUUCACAAACAUUGAUCCUAUGGAGGUUGAAGCUGCUAAGGCCAAGUUUGCAGCUAUUAAAGAAAAAUUUGGGCGAGAACUCCGUGUAUUUCAAACACCAGCACUUUCUCCAUCCUCAAAUGAAGCGUCCAAUAGUGAGGAGACAGAUGACUUCUAUGAGUUCACUGCCGAGGACUAUUAUCGAAUUUUAGCAGCUAAAAAGGAAGAUAAAUUAUUGAGGACACGAAAACUCCGAGAAGCAGAAGAGGCAGCUCGUAGGUCAAAAGCAACAAAGGCUGUGAUUAGGGUUCGUUUUCCUGAUCAUCACACAUUAGAGGUGACAUUUCAUCCAUCGGAGACAAUGCAGAGCUUGGUUGAUCUUCUCAUGAAAGUGGUUGCUCGACCAGAACUACCAUUCUAUAUAUAUACUACUCCUCCUAAGAGGCAGAUAAAAGACAUGGCACAAGAUUUUUACAGUGCUGGCUUUGUUCCUGGGGCGAUUGUGUAUUUUUCAUAUGAUCUACCAAAAGGUGAUGAUUCUACAUAUGCCAAUUCAGGCCCCUUCCUUCAGGAAGAGAUUGCUUCUUUGAAAGGUUUGGAACUCAUUGCAGAGCAGAGCCAGCAGGCAGAACCUGUUCAACCCACACCAGAACCUGUGACAGCAGCACCCUCCCCCGUCGUCCAAGAUCAGAAGCCUGCCGGGAAGAAACCUGUGAAGCCCAAGUGGCUGAAAAUGUGAUAUGGCAACUAUGGAGGCAAGCUUCAACAUGUGACUUCAGUAAUCUUAAGCAUAUUUACCGCUACCUUAUGUUUUGUUAGGUUGUUCAUACUUCUAUGGUGUUGUACGGAUGUCGGUUAUUUGUAUUAUACCUCAGUCCUUCCGAAAAUAACAUGGUUGGAUCUUUUGUUGUU